AUGUUUACCAUUUCAAAACUAGGGGCGCAAGCUUCUUUGCCCAAUUUUCAGGUUCUUCCUCUACGUCAGUUUGGAAGCUGGGGACCAGAAAUUAUGACCAAGUUUGAUCCUCAAAAGGAUACUUAUAUCCUGUGUCACCAUGGCAUGCGGUCAUUGCAAGUUGCUAAGUGGUUGCAGACGCAGUUGUUGAAACAUGUUCACGGUGCUUAA